AUGCCUCCGGUACAGCUUCUCUCUCCCUCUCUCGAUUUCGCUAUAGAUUACAGCUUCUCUUCAUUCUUGCUAACGACAGUGGCCGAGGUCGGAACCCAGGGAGUCGAGCCCAGAGAACCGGGGAGCUCCGUGGACACCGAUGUCUCUGUAGCGUCGCGGCGCCGUCAACUGUGUCCACGUCUCUGUAGCGUCGCGGCGCCGUCAACGGAAUCAACGCAGAGCAUAGCUAGCCCUAGAAAGAAAAGAGUUGUUUCCGGGGUUCAACCCACUGGAUCUGUACACCUGGGGAACUACCUUGGCGCCAUCAAGAAUUGGGUUUCUCUUCAGGAUACUUACGAAACACUAUUCUUUAUUGUAGAUUUCCAUGCGAUUACUCUACCAUAUGAGGCGGUAGAGCUGUCUAAGGCAACAAGGAAUACUGCAGCUAUUUAUCUGGCAUGUGGUGUGGACGUAUCCAAGGUACAACUCUAA